GGAAUUUUAUGUUUCUGUCAAAGAGGAAACAAAUCGUCUUUGUUUUGAAACUUUUAUUUUCAUCGCGUAAUGUACAGGUAAAAACGAAAAAAAGGAUAUAAACUCAGGUACGAAAAACACUGCCGAUGAUUUCAGCAUUUUGUGUAGGUGUCCCAAAUACGGAUUGUUUGGAAGGAAGUCCGAUGAUACGACGUGUGUGUUGCUAUAGCAAGUAAAUAUCUGUGCCAAAUCAGUAACCAGUUGUAUGUAGAAAAAAUACAGCUCAAGGGCAUACAUAACUACGCGGAGUGGGUGACGCACUAUAAACGGUUUUAUCAACAAUAUUGUUAUUGGUUUUUCAAUUUUCCAAAAUUCUACGUUUUUUCGUUGAGCUCUGCUAUUUCAGCAGCUGGUGGAUUAACCUAAUCACUUUCGCAUUCAGUGUUUGCCUCAUCUGUUGCCUAAUAGUGUUAGCAACGGAGUACAUUUGGCUGCGGCGGCAUCCCGACGAACUGUUCCGAAACAGCGAGAGUGCGUACUACUUGCGUUUGCAGACUAUCGCAAAAAUAGAUCGUCUAGUUGCAAUUUAUGCUAAUGUAUCACGCAAAAUGGAUAGCGUAUUCGAAGCAUACUUAGGUCCAGAUGGCGUAUUGGCGGGUGCUGUGGCUGGCGCUGUCGGUGAACCUGAUGAUAUACCAAAAACGAACACCACCGUUUGGGUGUUAGGCAAACGCUACAAUGCUAUACAAGAACUUGAUUUAAUACGCCGAGACAUACAAUCACGUCUAUGGUGCACAUAUCGCCGCGGUUUCGUGCCACUUGGCGCGCCACAAUUGACUACCGACAAAGGCUGGGGCUGCACGUUGCGUUGUGGACAAAUGAUUUUGGCACAGGCCUUAAUUGAUUUGCAUCUUGGCCGCGAAUGGUUUUGGACACCAGAGAUACGCGAUGCAACGUAUUUGAAAAUAGUCAAUAGAUUCGAGGAUUCACGCAAAAGUUACUUCUCUAUACAUCAGAUUGCUUUAAUGGGCGAUUCGGAGGAUAAAAAAGUUGGCCAGUGGUUUGGCCCGAAUACAGUGGCGCAGGUGUUAAAAAAACUAGUGCGCUACGACGACUGGUGCUCAAUUGUUAUACAUGUGGCUAUGGACAACACAAUAGUGACUGACGAUAUAUAUUCACUAUGCCUUGAAAAUCCAAGUAAUGAUGAAACUUGGAAACCUCUAUUACUCAUCAUUCCACUGCGUUUGGGUCUCAGUGAUAUAAAUCCAAUUUAUGUGCCAGCAUUGAAAAUUUGUUUCGAACUGCCUGGCAGUUGUGGCAUGAUUGGCGGUCGCCCAAAUCAAGCGCUUUACUUUGUUGGCUAUGUGGACGAUGAAGUGUUGUACCUAGAUCCGCAUACCACACAGCGCUCGGGCUCAGUGGGACAAAAGACUACACAGGAUGAGAUUGAUUUCGAUGCCACAUUUCAUCAACGAUAUGCUGGACGUAUUGGCUUCCAACAGAUGGACCCCUCAAUGGCGAUGUGCUUUCUUUGCAAAUCUCGCCUGAGUUUCGAAGUUCUCCUGGAUAACCUACGUACUAAAGUUUUGGCUGCCUGCACACAACCGCUGCUCGAGAUUACAAAGUCGCGCUCAGCGGAAUGGGUAUCGACCCCGUCGGCAGGUAUUGAGUCAAAUUUUACUACAAUAAAUACGGUGGGUUUGGUUAACUGUAACACGUCUACAACCUCAGCCACGGCCGCCUCCAGUGAUGCUACCAAUAGCAACACACCGCGCACAACUAUCGCGAAAUCUUUGGGCACUUCUGCACGUGCUACAUGCGCAGCAGCAGAGGCGGCAGCAGCCCUAGAAAAUUAUAAGAAUCGUUGCUAUCGUACGCUAAGCUCUUGUGAUUCUGAAGACUUUGAAAACGUAAAUCACAUACACGCAACCAGUUUGACGCGCAAUGGCCGCGAUGUUGACCCUGACGGCGACUCGGAUGAAGAUUUCGAGAUAAUUUCAUAGUCUAAGGAAAAUCGUUAUACUAAAUAGAAGCAAAACGAAUCUUAAAAGUGUCUUUUUCUAUAAAAAAAAUAACAGUAGUUUGUACUGUAUGAAAUACAAUGCAAGAGAAAGACAGCAUUUUAAUUUAUAUAUGUAAUUAAUUUUUAUAAUUUGCAAUACUGUUAGUAAUAUCCUUUUGAUACACUAUAUAAAAGCACACACUUAACAAUGUAAAUAUACAGCUCCUUAUACAUAUACAUAUAUGUACAUAUGUAU